AUGGCAUCUUCACCAAAUUUAUCAUCAAAAUAUAUCGUUUUAUCGUAUAAUAAAAAGCAUGAGGAACUUGUCUUAAAUAUUUAUAAUUAUUUGAAAAAUGAAAAUCUUCCAGUAUGGAUUUAUGUUCAAGAUGGAAUCAAUAAAGAUAUAUGUCAAAGGGAUAGUAUUAUCGAGAACAUAAGUAUUCUUCUAUGUUUCAUAACACCGAUGUAUCAAGCUUCAAAAGAUUGUCAAAAACAAGUUGAACUUAUUAAAAGUGAACAAAUACCUAUUAUUGCUUGUCGUCUUUUACCUAAUUGGAAACCAUCUGGUUGGCUUAAUAAAAUAACAAGUGAUCAAUUAACAAUUGAUUUACAAGGUAUUAAUCAGAGAAAUUUUAAAGAUAAAAUAAAUAAAUUACGAGAAAAAAUAAUCUCGGUGUUAGAUAACAAGAUUAAUUCUCAAAUAUCAUUUGAUUAUUCUGUUGAUCAAUUUUUAAUAGAUCGAUCAAUAUUAUUCAAUGAUUCAAAUAUGUUUUAUUUAGUUGAAAAUAUAGAUUUAAAUAGUAUUAAGAAAAAAGCAUAUAAAUAUCGAAUACUUCCAAAAUAUUGUCGUUUAUUAUUAUCAAAUAUAAUGAUUACUAAUAAUGAAUAUAUAUUAAUAAAUGCAAAUAAUCAUUUACAUUUAUUUGAUGGAAAUUUAAAACUUAUUCGAUCUAAUAAGAAUAAAAAAAUCUUAAAAGAUGAUCUUAAAGAUUUCAGUUGGUCUUCAAAUUCAAAUUAUUUUAUAAUAUUAAUGAAAAAAGAAAUAUAUUUAUUAAAUCCAUUAACAUGUCAUAUAUCAACUAUUGAAUAUAUUAAAUUAAAAGAUCAUCGCGAAGAAUUUUUAUCAUGUACUUGUUCAGAAGAUAAUUUAUUUAUAAUAAAAUAUAAAUUUAAUUCAAAUACAUAUUAUCUUGAAAUAUAUUAUUUAUCAACAUUUCGUUUUAUAAAAAAAUUUCAAAUUCUUGAUUUAAUUGGAAUUGGAACAUCUUUAAUUAUUCAAAAUAGAUUUAAUAAUCAAUUUUAUAAUAUAGAUAAUAUUAUUUCAAUUCGAUAUAAUGAAAAUAAAUUAUUUAUUAUUAUGAAAAUAAAUAAAAAUUCUUUUAUUUAUAUAUUUAAAUUAACAAAUGAUCAACCUUUUUUUUUAACUAAAAUUUCUUUAGAAGAUAAUUGUCGAAUGUCUAUUUUAAAUUCAAUUAAUCAAUUUAUUAUAUUUAAAGAUUAUUUAUCAAAUUCAUUUAUUAAAAUGUUUAAUAAUAUUGAAAAUAAAUUAGAAAUAAAUCUAUAUAAUAAUUAUUCAAAAGGAUUUAUUGAUUUUAAUGGAAAAAUUCGUAAUGUUGCUUUACUUGGAACAUCAAAUAUUGUUUUUCUUAUUGAUAAUGCUUUUAUCAUUUAUCAUUUAUAA